AUGUCGUGGCUGGUUCGUACUGUCACGGUUUGCGGGUGGUUGGACAGACACACGCCUAGACUCAUCACUUUGUUCAGAGACAAGGCCAUCAAGACUGGCAAGAUUGCAGAGGAGCUAGCAAAGCUCAUGAGAAUUUGUGACAUUCAGUCAGCAGAUGGUCCAGACCUCACUGACACUCCUGUGGCUCUGCUGACAGUUGUCACAGAUGACACUACUGAUUCGGCCCUCUUCAGUCCCGAAAGCAUCUGCAUUGUCGUUGAGGAUGAAAUACUUGUGAAUGAGUCAGAGAGCCAUGUCUCUCUACAGUCAGAGCUUUUUGUACGGCGCCUCAAUGAGUUUGUAUCACUGUGGUGGACUUUUGGUGGAGGAACCAGACUGGAUGUUGGAAGUGAUACCCGGCCCAUCCUGACAGUGUUGCCCCCCUCCAGUGAGGAGCUACAGCAGGGGACUGCAACAAUCACAUGUCUGGCCAACAAGGGCUUCCCCUCAGACUGGAGUCUGUCCUGGAAGGUGGAUGGCAGUGGCAGCAUCAGCUGGGAGGAGAGCAGGAGCCCCGUGGUGCUGCAGAAUGACGGCCUCUACAGCUGGAGCAGCACCCUGAGGCUCCCUGCAGACCGCUGGAUGAAGGUGGGCUCUGUGACCUGUGAGGCCACCCAGGGCUGCCAGGCUAUGGUCUCAGAGCCACUGAGGAGAGUCCAGUGUUCCCAGUCCUGACCUGACUCAACCUGAUACUGGUUUAAUGCUCUCAUUCUCAACUCUGUAACUGUCUCUCCAUCUUUCUUUUUUAAGAACAAAUAAAGACUAAAACUGUUAUUUUCUUUCUCAUAAUGACAACAUUCAUGUUUUAGGUAAUAAAGAUGUUUUGCAA